GAAAACUUUGCUUAUUUUUAGUUCCACAACUUUGACUAAAUCCCACUUUGGCUCUCUGCCCCGCUGCAGUCUGUAAUGUCCUGCAUCUGUUAAAUAUUCUCUAAAAGAGGAUGAGGAGUCAGUGACAUUCUUAAAAAGCAGGAAGUUAAUGAUGAAGGUGCGUCCUGGGUGGGGUUAAACGUCAGUAAUAGUGACUUUUGUCAGUUUCCUCCUCAGAUGACGGUGGGUCUGUGAGCAGCAUGGACCAGGACGGAGAGGACGGAGUCCCCGCCUCCAGAGGAGGUCUGGGUGGAGAACUGGAGGCCCAGAGAUCUACUGAAGCCGGACCCAGCUGUGUGUCCUUCAGGAGCGACUGGUCCAAGGAAAACCCGCUCGUCAACUUCAGAGGACAAAGCGUCUGGAAAUCUGAGAUCCGACAGCAGAGAGCAGAUUCUCCCCAGUCUGACGCCGGGGGUCUCUCCCUCCAAAGUCACUUCUCUGAGGAAGUCGGAGUCAACUCUGAUGAGACCCAACCUGCUGCUGCAAAGCGAACCGACCCAAGGACCUUGGAGGCUCCGCAGGGCCCGGCAGACCCACAGCAUCCAAAACAGCUGGACUCCAUAUUUAAGAUGCUGGAAAUCCAGAUAGUCUCUUAUGUGACAAACGAGCUGAAAAUGAUCCAGCAGGUUCUUUCUCCCGGUUCUGCGGAACACCUAAAGAGUCCGAUGGAGGGUUUGGGAGUGGAUGAUGAUGAUGAUGAUGAUGAUGAUGAUGAUGAUGAUGAGAAGGAGAGGAAGAAGAGCAGCAGAGAAGCUUUUCUGAAGCUCACCCAGAACUUCCUGAGAAAUAUGAAGCAGGCGGAGCUGGCUGAUCUCCUGCAGAGCAAGACUUAUGGUGGAGCUCACCAGCACCGGUUUAAACUUCACCUGAAGAGGAGGUUCCAGCGUGUGUUUGAGGGCAUUGCCAAAGCAGGAAGUCCAACCCUCCUGAAUCAGAUCUACACAGAGCUCUACAUCACAGAGGGAGGGACUGGAGAGGUCAAUGAUGAACAUGAGGUCAGACGGAUUGAAAGAGCAUACCACACAAAACCACACAGACCAGAAACAACCAUCAGACAAGAAGACAUCUUUAAAGUCCCACCUGGAAGAGAUCAACCAAUUAGAACAGUGAUGACAAAGGGAGUGGCUGGCAUUGGGAAAACAGUCUUAACCCAGAAGUUCACUCUGGACUGGGCUGAAGACAAAGCCCACCAGAACAUCCACUUCAUAUUUCCAUUCACCUUCAGAGAGCUGAAUGUGAUGAAAGAGAAAAAGUUCAGCUUGGUGGACCUUGUUCAUCACUUCUUUACUGAAACCAAAGAAAUCUGCAGCUUUGAACACUUCCAGGUUCUGUUUAUCUUUGAUGGUCUGGAUGAGAGUCGACUUCCUCUGGACUUCCACAAAACAAAAAUUUUAACCGACCCUCAAAAGUCCACCUCGGUGGAUGUUCUGCUGACAAACCUCAUCAGGGGGAACCUGCUUCCCUCUGCUCGCCUCUGGAUAACCACACGACCUGCAGCAGCCAAUCAGAUCCCUCCUUGGUGUGUUGGCAUGGUGACAGAGGUCAGAGGGUUCACUGACCCACAGAAGGAGGAGUACUUCAGGAGGAGAUUCAGAGAUGAGGAGCAGGCCAGGAGGAUCAUCUCCCACAUGAAGACAUCAAGAAGCCUCCACAUCAUGUGCCACAUCCCAGUCUUCUGCUGGAUCACUGCUACGGUUUUUGAGGAUAUAGUGAAAAACAGAAAGUGUAGAGGGUUGCCCAAGACCCUAACUGAGAUGUACAUCCACUUCCUGGUGGUUCAGACCAAAGUGAAGAAGGUCAAGUAUGAUGGAGGAGCUGAAACAGAUCUGCACUGGAGUAAAGAGAGCAGGAAGAUGAUUGAGUCUCUGGGAAAACUGGCUUUUGAUCAGCUGCAGAAAGGAAACCUGAUCUUCUAUGAAUCAGACCUGACAGAGUGUGGCAUGGAUAUCAGAGCAGCCUCAGUGUACUCAGGAGUGUUCACACAGAUCUUUAGAGAGGAGAGAGGGCUGUACCAGAACAAGGUGUUCUGCUUCGUCCAUCUGAGCGUUCAGGAGUUCCUGGCUACUCUCCAUGUCCGUCUGACCUUCAUCAACACAGGUGUCAACCUGAUGGACCAUAAGGUAGUUAAAGUACCUGACCUAAAUGUUCUGUACCAGAGUGCUCUGGAAGAAGCCUUGCAAAGUCCUAACGGACACUUGGACCUCUUUGUCCGCUUCCUCCUGGGUCUUUCUCUCCAAAGCAACCAGUCCCUCCUUGAAGGUCUGCUUGAACGGACCGCGGAGGACUCCCAGAAUUAUCAGCAGACGGUCCAGUGUAUAAAGAAAUAUGCAGAAAACAACUGGUCUUUGGACAAAAUGCUUUGUCUGUUCCACUGUCUGAAUGAAAUGAGACACAGUUCAGUAGUGGAGGAGAUCCAACACCACCUCACCUCAGGAAACCUCAGAACACCGCAUCUGUCUCCUACUGACUGGUCAGAUCUGGUCUCCAUCAUCCUGUCCUCGGAAAGUAACUUUGAUGUGUUUGACCUGAAGCGCUACGGGGACUCAGAGGAGGUUCUUCUGAUGCUGCUGCCAGUGGUCAGCCUCUCCAUCACAGCUUUACUGGAAGGUUGUGAUCUCUCUGGGAGAACAUGCAAGGCCUUGCGCUCCAUUCUUAGCUCGUCGUCCUGUAGUAUAAGGGAGCUAGACUUAAGCAACAACAGCCUGGGGGACUCAGGGAUGAAGCUGCUACUUGCUGGAGUGGAAAGUCUAAAUGGUAAACUGGAAAUUCUCAGGCUGAGUUUCUGCAGCUUGUCUGAAGAAAGCUGCGAGAGCUUGUCGGCACUUCUCGGCUGUCGGUCCUGCGGGCUGACAACGCUGGACCUGAGCAACAACAACCUGCAGGAUUCAGGAGUGGAGCUGCUGUGUGUUGGCCUGGAGAGUCCUUGCUGUUCUCUGGAGGCUCUGAGACUAGGUCUCUGCUGUCUGUCAGGAGGAAGCUGCCAAGCCCUCUGCUCCGUUCUCACCUCUCCGUCUUCGCGUUUGACGGCGCUGGACCUGAGCAACAAUGAUCUGAACGAUUCUGGGGUGACUCUCCUGUGUGAGGGACUGCAAAGUCCCUGCUGCAAGCUGGAGUCUCUCGGCUUGUCAGGCUGUCUGAUAACAGAGGAAGGCUGUGCUUCUCUGGCUUCGGCUCUGAGGUCCAACCCCUCCCAUCUGAAGGAGCUGGACCUGAGCUACAACCAUCCAGGGGAAACUGGCGUGAAGCUUUUAUCUGACGGUCCAAUGUGGAGGGCAAAGACGCUUAGGGUGGAGCCUUCUGGCGUCCGAUGGUUGACACCAGGUCUGAGGAAGUAUUCCUGUGAGCUCACAGUCGACCCAAGCACAAUGAGCAGAAACCUCAGACUGUCUGAGGACAACAGGAAGGUGACACAUGUACAGCAGGAUCCAUAUGCAGAAAAUGAGGAGUCGUCUCUGCUGCUCUGUAGUAAUGGUCUGACUGGCCGCUGCUACUGGGAGGUUGAGUGGACUGGAGAACUGAAUAUGUUUGUGUGUUGCAGAGGAAGUGAGGGAAAAGGAGACACAAUAUCCGAUCACUGGGGUUUGGGAUGCUCUGAAUAUGCUAAUCACAUCAUUUGCAUGACUGGGAAAAUGGGCCUCAUCUCUUUCUCCAACAACCCUUUUUCUAACAAAGUAGCAGCGUACCUGGACUGUCCUGCGGGAACGCUGUCCUUUUUCGAUGCUUGCACCUUGGGCCACAUCAAGACCUUCUGGAUCAAAUUCACAGAACCUGUUUAUGUUGGAUUCGAGUUCUUAUGUAUAAAUGAUUUCACUCCGUCUUCAAUCCAGACCUCAGUCCCUUUUUGUUGAAAGAAAGAAACAUUUCAGGUUGUUUUUGAAGAAAGAUCAAAGCGAUGAUUGCUAUAAACCAUCUGAGUUAGUUUCACAUUUUUUCUCAUCUUUUUGCCGAGUAAAGGUAAGCUGUGACUGAGCAUUAGAAAUACCGGUCAAUAAAUGUGUAUCUAGAACUGAAAACAUGGGCGCGUUACUGCUAUGUAACAAAUACAGAACCCGAUAAUUCAGCCAGUAUUCAGAUGAUGCACUUAAAAGGUUUAUUGAAAGAUGUGGAAAUGGCACACUUAACAGGCCGGUGGUGGCCGAAUAGUUCAAAGGGCAAAGGCAAGAAUCCAUAAACCAGAGACUGUCCAGGUUGUGACCGAAGUCAUAAGUCGAUGAGAACCCAGUGAGGGCAGAAGAGGGCAGCAGAAUGAGCUUCCAUCCUUUCAUAUUAAGAAUAAAAAUUAGAACUAAAAAAAGAAAACGGUGUUUGAUGCCUGAAUGUCAGGUUAAAGUGAACAUGACUUAAGUGAAGACUGAUUCUCUCAAUGACUGAAAAACAACACAAAACUAUGUUAAAAACACGCUACAAAGUUUCCUUUUUUAUUUGGUUUACUUUACUUUACUAAAAAUAAAGCAAAGCAACAACAUGACAUGACUGUGUGUCGCUUUACCGACAAGAAGACUGUGGGAUCUGCCUCUGGUAUCUGUGUACUGUUUUCAGGACGACCGCUCCAAGAUGGCGGCUGUAAUGUAUGCACCAGGACAGUCAAUGCGGAAUCUGUCUAUGGGUCCUUCCCCCAUAAACAUUAAAUAGGUAGACGCCCCAUGGACUGUGGCUGACUAUUGGAGCUGACGUUGCAGCGCGGCCGCCAUCUUUGAUGGGUCUCUCACGCGACCCCAAUGCAUUUAUUUGUACUGAGGAAGCUGUUUGCCCAACUAAAAUAAAUACGUAACUCCUUGAAUUUUUUGCCGAUUUUCACACGGUUUGGUUUGUUACAAACGGCAGAGAUGUGGUUAUGGUACAAGAUGCUGUCACAAAUGAAAAACCAUGUUUUCACGCUGAAAUACAUUGUUUAAACAGCAUAUUUCACAAAUGUAUGGUCUUCAAUAGACAGACACAUGGCAUAUUAAUGUAUAAAUACCUGAUUUCAUAUAAAAAUACUUUGUUUUGUGCUUUUUAACAGGCAGACUUGUGGUAUUAUAAAUCAAUACGUGUAUAAAUGAAUACAUUUUGUAUUUUAAUAAAGAAACAAAUUGGA